GCAUACAAUGUCGGGUGUAUGGAUAUUUGACAAAAAUGGUGUGGCUCGAUUGAUAUCCAAUCCAACCAGAGAAUCCUUCGAGGAAAAAGAUCCUAUUUAUCCGGGAACGUCGACCGCACCAGGGGCUCGACCACGCGUCCUAGUCUACCGCUCCACGAACCAAGUGAUCCGCUCCUACUCCGAACUGGAGCAGCGUCUGGGUGAGCUUGGCUGGACUCGCUACUACAACUCGGACCAACCUGAGCUUCUCCAAUUCCACAAAUCAGCAAACUCAAGUCACCUCAUUUCCCUCCCAAGGAACUUCGACAACUUCAGGUCCAUACAUAUGUACGACAUUGUCGUCAAGAACCGGUCUUUCUUCGAAGUACGUGAUCCUUCACAGGCGUGACAUUGCGCCUCAUCCACCACAACUACACUGAAGCAUAACACCAUUUAAUAUAUGUAUAAAUAUAGCCCUGGAACAAAGUGGCUUUUCUUGCGAAAUGGUGUAAGU